AUGGAUGAUAUAUUGGAUGAAAUGACUUCAGCCCAGGAUUUAAAAAAGUUUGAGAGAGAAUAUAAUAUUACGCUAUUAAAUGGGAACUUAGAUCCAAAAGUUCAGUUCCAAUAUGCUUGGUGUUUAGUACGAAGUAAAUAUUCUUCUGAUAUAUAUAAGGGUAUUUUGUUGCUAAAGAAUUUACUUGAUACCAGUUCAAUGGAAAGAAGAGAUUGCAUGUACUAUCUUGCGAUCGGCCAUGCAAGAAUAAAAGAAUACAACAAAGCUUUAGAAUAUAUCAAUUUAUUUUCUACAACUGAGCCAGGAAACACUCAGAUCGAACACUUAGAAUCAUUAAUUAGGAAUAAACUGAGAGAAAAACGAGAUAGAAACGGUAGUUUAAUAGCAAUAGCAGGUAUCACCAGUCUCAUUAGUAUAUUUCUGAUGAAAAAAUAA